AUGGACUUUGCGGGUCCGAUCGAUGGUCUGUAUUAUCUGAUAAUCGUAGACGCCUUCACGAAGUGGCCAGAAGUUUUCUGCAUGCGCAAGGCAUCUACCGAAGCCACCAUUGCCAGUCUGCAGAAAGUAUUCAGCUGUUUCGGGUUGCCUGAUACAAUAACGGAAUUUCCCAACGAUACCCCGUUAGCGUACGCAGUUAGGCGCUGCUACGUUCGACAAGCCUAUCCCGUACACGAUUGGCCAAAAGUUCGGGUCGCUUGUGGGUCCGGCAUCAAGGCCAGCUCUGAUUGGUCGAGAGUCUGA